AUGAGUAGCAUAGACUUAAAGAACUAAUAUCAAAAAAAUGAAUAAUAAUUAAAUAAACCAUAAAAAAAGCGUCAGAAAAUUAUUGACAAACUAACUUAGUUGACUGAUUAAUAUUCUUAGUAAUCAUAAGUAAUCAGUUUUUUAAAGUAGAAUACAAAUUAGAAUAGUAGUAAAUCUAUUGAUUAGAUAUCAAAUAAUUAAAUAAGAAAACAUUAAAUCAAUAGAUUAGUUGAAGAAUGCUAAAAAAUGAAUGAAAAUGUAUCCAAAAGUUUUAUCAUUAGAUUAAAGAAAUUCCUCCGGAAUAUGUUUUUUAAAUGAUUAAAACUUAUGAUAUGUUAUUUGCCUCUUAAGUCAAAGAAGUAAAAUUAAAUGAAUAGAAUAUUUAAAUUAUUGAUAUCAAAUUAAGAGUCCAUGAUGAAUUUGAAGAUUAUUUAUAUUCUCAACAUUAACUAAUUCACAACACAUUUAGAAGAGGUCUUUGUUUUUUAAAAAAAGAUGAUUAAUUGUCAAUUUUGAGGAAAGGCCUUAGAAAAUUCUUCGAUAUGUACUAAUAUAUAUUAAUUGAAAAGAAAUUUAAAGUUAUUUUGCAAUUAAGUCAAUUCUAAAUAGACUAAUAAAAAAGAUGAAAUAAUUUUUAAUUAUACUUUUUCUAGUUUGCCUAAAGAAUCUCAAAUUAAAAUAACUUAAAUGGAGAAGGCUAAUGGAGAAAAUGCUUAAAUAUCUUAUAAUAAAACUUUGGAUUGUUGGAUAAUUGGCUCGAAAAAUGUAACAUUGCUCUGCUAAAAUGAAUGUGAAUUACAAUUAUAUGAUCCUUCAACCACAAAUGAUUCUUAAGAUUAAAGAUACAGAUUUGCAAUAAAAAUUGCUAAGGAAUGGUUAAAAAUUAUUGAUUCUUCUGAAAAAGUUGAGCAAAUAAAAAAUUAAUUAGAUGGUCUUACUUUAAUAGGAGAAUAUUGUGGAAAUAAUGAAUAUUAACAUCUCGUACAAUAUGAUAAAGCUUAACUAAAAUUUUAUGCUUUGGUACCUAAAAUAAGUGAUGAUUCUUCAGUAAAUUGUUUACAUCCAGAUUUGACUUUAAAUAUUUUAUAAUCUUUAGAUUUAAACAUAGUUAAGUAAAAUCAUUAUAUUGUAAACAAUUAUUAAGAAUUUUAAAUAAAGUUAAUUGAAUUAACUAAGAGUAUUUCGAUCUCAAAAUUAUCAGAUAUUGGAGAAGGAAAUGUAUUAUACUUUAGUAAUUGUCAAGAACAGUGCUUUUCUUUGGCAAAAUUAAAAUCCCUUGAAUGUAAUAUAUAAGAUUAUUAACAAUUUUAGAUAGAUUUAAAAGAAAAAUAAGAGAAAAAUUAAAAUUAAUUAUUACCAGGAAUUUGGAUCCAAAUUCAAUAAUAAAAUAAUAUGUAGAUGAAGUUACUAAAUUAUUAAAUGAUUUAAAUUAAUGCUUAGAAGAACCAAUUGAGAUAGAUUUAAAUAUAAAUUUAGCAUAAAAAUGUUUUGAAGCUACUAAAAUUGAGGAAAUUUAAAAAAAUACUGAAUUUAAGAAUUUUUGCAUUCAACUGAUUGAUAAUCAGUUCAUUUAAUUUUUGAAUGAAAUAGAUAAUUUAGAAUCUAAAGAAAAUGUUUUUGAAUUAGCUUAUUAGAGAAACAAUAAAAAUUGA